AGCCGCCCCAUGGCCUCGCAGCGCCCCAGCACCCAGGAUCAGCCCUAUCUGAACGAGCUCAUCAGCAUCCCCAAAGGCAGCAGGCCCGGCUUCAGCUUUAGGAAGCUCUGGGCUUUCACGGGUCCCGGCUUCCUCAUGAGCAUCGCGUACCUGGACCCGGGCAACGUGGAGUCGGACCUGCAGUGCGGGGCCGUGGCCGGGUUCAAGCUGCUGUGGGUGCUGCUAUGGGCCACGGUCCUGGGGCUGCUGUGCCAGCGCCUGGCCAUCCGGCUGGGCGUCGUGACCGGGAGGGACCUGGGCGAGAUUUGCUACCUCUAUUACCCCAAGGUGCCCCGGGUGCUGCUGUGGCUCAUGAUCGAAAUAGCCAUCAUCGGCUCGGACAUGCAGGAGGUCAUCGGGACGGCCAUCGCCUUCAGCCUGCUCUCAGCUGGCCGCAUCCCCCUCUGGGGUGGGGUCCUCAUCACCAUCGUGGACACCCUCUUCUUCCUCUUCCUGGACAAGUAUGGGCUCCGGAAGCUGGAGGCUUUCUUCGGCCUCCUCAUCACCAUCAUGGCCCUCACCUUUGGCUAUGAGUACGUGGUGGUGAAGCCGGCGCAGGCAGAGGUGCUGAAGGGGAUUUUCCUGCCCUACUGCCCGGGCUGCGGGCGGGAGGAGCUGCUGCAGGCCGUGGGCAUCGUGGGCGCCAUCAUCAUGCCCCACAACAUCUUCCUGCACUCCUCCUUGGUCAAGACGCGGGCGAUUGAUCGCUCCAAGAAGGAGGAGGUGCGGGAGGCCAACAUGUACUUCCUGAUCGAGUCCUGCGUGGCCCUCUUUGUCUCCUUCCUCAUCAACCUCUUCGUCAUGGCCGUCUUUGGUGAGGCCUUCUACCACCAGCGCAACGAGGAUGUGCACGACAAGUGCGUCAACAGCAGCGUCAGCCAGUACGCCGGCAUCUUCCCCGCCAACAACAAGACGGUGUCUGUGGAUAUCUACCAGGGGGGUGUCAUCCUGGGCUGCUAUUUCGGGGCCGUGGCCCUGUACAUCUGGGCCGUGGGCAUCCUGGCAGCGGGGCAGAGCUCCACCAUGACCGGGACCUACGCGGGGCAGUUCGUCAUGGAGGUGUUCCUGCAGCUGCGCUGGUCCCGCUUCGCCCGCGUGCUCUUCACCCGCUCCUUCGCCAUCCUGCCCACCGUCUUCAUCGCGGCCUUCAAGGACGUGAGCCACCUGACGGGCAUGAACGACCUGCUCAACGUGCUGCAGAGCAUCCUGCUGCCCUUCGCCGUCCUGCCCGUCCUCACCUUCACCAGCCUGCGCCCGCUCAUGGACGACUUCACCAAUGGCCCUGUGGGCAAGGUGCUGAUGACCCUCAUCACGGGGCUGGUCUGUGCCAUCAACAUCUACUUCGUGGUGGACUUCCUCCCCACGCUGCAGAGCCUGGGCUACUACAUCCCCCUGGGGCUGCUGCUCGUUGCCUACGUGGCCUUCAUCGCCUACCUGAUCUGGACGUGCUGCAUUGCGCAUGGAGCCCGGUUCCUAGCCCGGGGCCACCACAGCAAAUUCAGUUUUGGCAUUUCCAUCAAUACACCAAGCCCAGCAGGGUCACCGUGAUGGGCUC